AUGGGCUCACAAAGCAGAGUCACCUGGUCGUAUGAGGAGUCGAGGGAGGGGCACCACUUGGCGGCAAGGCUGAUUUUAUUCGAUUGGCCGGAAUUCAAAUUCUCCAUGUCCGACCGCAGGCACAGGGCAAAUUUCGGCUGGUUCGAGCUCUCGCUCGGCCGGUUGGAUCUCCUCCUCAUCCGGCCAUGGGUCUUCUUCCUUAUGCCACCAUAUCGUGGGGCCAUCUGUUUGGGUUUUUUGGCCUGCUGGCGUUUGGCAAGCUCGCGAGCCCGGCGUGAGCCCCUCGAUUUCCAUCUCCGCCAGUGUACGGGCGUCGGGGCCCUCGACGAGGCGGAAGAGGAUCUCGAGGAGGUCCUUGAAGUAGCCGAACUUAGCCAGGGAGGCGACGUUGCAGGCAAGGGUCUUGGGGUGGUUCUUGUGGAUCCACAGCGCCGCCGUGUAGCCGCCCUCCCUGUCGGUCUUGCCGGUGCCGCGAACGCCUCCGAGGUUGCAGACGAGCUUCAGGGCCUUAAGUGGGUCAUCUUCCCAGGCGAGCUUCAGGCGCUGUGCGAGGGCCUCCUGCGGCGUGUCGGGGACGACGUGGAAGAAGAAGUCAAGGCACGGGUUUCCGGAAGAGAGGAAGGUCGGCGAGAAAUUCUCGGUAAAGCCCCUGGGUGGCAGGGGAGCCGUGACCGCCGUCUUGUUGAAGUUUGCCACCAUGAGGUCCAUGAACGGAUCUCCCGUGGCGGCGGCGGGGACGGCGGCGGCGGGAGGGGUAGGCUUCUGGUGGAUCUCCGGCGGGCCGACGAGAGAAAUUGUGGGGGCGGACGAAGCCAUCGCGAGCGAAAGAGUGAGAAAGAGAGAUUGGGGAUUUUUUAUGGCGAGUUGCAGAGAAUGAGGAGAUUGAGCGUUGGAGGGGCAAUACAUAUAAUUAACGACGUGGAAAAAUCAUUCUGCUACAUCCCACUGGACCCGCCCCAAUCCCCGACCGAUUUGAAGCUCGGCGGCGGCGGUGGCGGUGGCGGUGGCGGUGGCGCCGUUAUGCACAACAUUCGGCGAUGCCAUCUUAGCCAACGCCUCCACCACCGCCCCAAUGGACUGUGCCACCGCGAACAGGGCCACCGCCUUCGAGAGCUUCAAUUUAUUCUGCUUCUUCUCCAAAUUGCUCGAAGUUUUAGUAACGUGACCUCUCUCAGAACUACUUCGUGGGGGAAAUUCCGACGAACAUCGGCCAGCUCCGCGCUCCCCCACCUCGAUCUAUCGGCUAACAACUUCACCGGCGACAUACCUCCGAAGUCUGGAACUUAA